CAAUCCUACGCUCUCAUAUUCCUUCCCCCAAACCAGAGAAAGAAAAACCACUUCCUUUUCUCCGUUCACAUUUCUUUCUUUGCUUUAUGGCCCUGAGUGGAACCAUGUCCAACCCCAGCGACUGGCUCCAAUACUACAACGUCCAGAACAACACCCUCUCCGGUCAAGCCCUCCCUUUGUCGUCCCACGGCGGCCACUUGUCCUCCGGUGCCGGCUUGUUCGGUCAAGACCAAGCUGUCUCUCAUCACGAAGCCACUGCCGUCACCACCACCACCACCACCACCGUUACAGCUUCUGCUGCUGCACCGAAUCCCAGCUCCAGUAACAACACCAACAGCUUGAGCCCGGAAGGCCGGGUUUCCAAGCCGGUCCGAAAACGGUCCAGGGCUUCCAGAAGAACCCCCACCACGCUGCUCAACACCGACACUGCGAACUUUCGCGCUAUGGUGCAGCAGUUCACUGGCGGCCCAAGUACGGCGUCGUUUACCACCCAGCCCGGUGCAACCAAUUUCAGUUUCGGACUUGGGACCAGACAAGGGUUUGUGAACCCUAAUGCUUCAGUGAUGGUGCCACCUGGGUACAACCAUCUACAGCUUCAGCAGCAACAGCAAAACCCGUAUCUGCUUUCACUGAACAACAAUAAUACCAGUGAUAAUCAUGGGUUUGUUCAGAGAUUAAUGAGCUCGUCAUCAUCGGCAAGACCCACAAACAUGGGGGUUUCAUUUUCUUCUGAUGAGUUUUCGUCCCAAGUGCAAGGGCAGCCUGGUCUGGUUGGAAGUGGUAGGCCUAAUUCGAAUUCCUCCAAUGAGAACAGGAGCAACAGUUUCUUGUAUUGAGAGGGACACAAAGCUGAAAAGGAAGUUAGGUAGACUGACUUAUCUCUAGGGACACAAUUCUUGACCAAUGUACAUUAUUUUACUACAUCCGCUUUCUUUUCCAUAUAGAUUUUCAUACUAAAAUGUAUUUGUUUCCAAAUUUUAUUUCCACCGUUCUGCUUGUUCUAAAAUAUGUAUCUCGAUCCUUUCAAAAAAAAAAAAAUGUAUCUCGAGUCAGUAAUGAACUAAUGAUCAAGACUUGUAGGUCUAAUAGUUAAGAACA